ACUACCGACUUCAUACUCUCUCAACGAAAACUCUGCAUUAAAGUUGUUUGUUUACCUAAUUUAAUCCUUGAAUGGAGAUGAAUGAACAUCUUUACCCGAAUUAAAGUAAUGCUAUUCGACAGAUUCCAUUUCGUUCAAUCCAUAUUAAUUUCCUAAUCGUUUCAGUGUCCACGCUCCACACUACUAGGCCACUGCCAUUUGCUUCAUUGUACGGAACCCCAUUAUUUCGUUCGCAACCGACAUAUUUUUAUUCAGAAGAUUUGAUCAGAUCUGGCUUUCCAGUGGAUUUCUCUGUAGUUUUGUGGAUAAUGCUCGUUGAUUUAAAGCUUGUUUCUCUGUAAAUUAUCCUUUGUGUUGGUUUUCUUCAGCAGAAAUGGAGAUCGCAGGACCUGUAACUCCUGGUCAGGUUUCAUUUUUGCUUGGGAUUAUCCCAGUAUUUGUGGCAUGGGUUUACUCGGAGCUGCUGGAAUACAAGAAAAACUCAAUUUCUUCUAAAGUGAACUCUGAUGUCAAUUUGGUUGAGUUGGGUAAGGAAACGGUUAAAGAAGAUGAAAGAGCUGUUUUAUUGGAGGGGGGAGGUCUCCAAUCAGCUUCUCCUAGAGUUUCAAGUUUGUCUGUGACAUCUAACAUUGUCAGAUUCUUGCUGAUGGAUGAGUCAUUCUUGCUUGAAAAUCGACUGACUUUAAGAGCCAUAUUCGAGUUUGGUCUCAUGAUGGCCUUCUUUUAUGUUUCUGAUCGUACAAAUAUCUUUGGAGAAUCAAAAAAGAAUUACAAUCGGGACCUUUUCCUGUUCCUCUACUUCCUUCUCAUCAUAGUUUCGGCGGUGACUUCUUUUAAGAUCCACCAUGAUAAGUCGCCAUUCUCAGGCAAAUCCAUACUUUAUCUGAACAGGCAUCAGACAGAGGAAUGGAAGGGGUGGAUGCAGGUAUUAUUUUUGAUGUAUCAUUACUUCGCUGCAACCGAAAUCUAUAAUGCAAUCCGUAUUUUUAUUGCUGCAUAUGUGUGGAUGACGGGAUUUGGAAAUUUCUCAUAUUAUUACAUCCGAAAAGAUUUCAGUCUCGCAAGAUUUGCUCAGAUGAUGUGGCGGCUUAAUUUCUUGGUGACAUUUUGCUGUAUGGUGCUGAAUAACAGUUACAUGCUAUACUACAUAUGCCCCAUGCACACUCUUUUCACACUUAUGGUUUAUGGUGCCCUUGGUAUUUUAAACAAAUAUAAUGAGAUUGGGUCUGUCAUGGCUGUAAAGAUCGUUUGCUGCUUUUUGGUGGUUAUUCUGAUAUGGGAAGUUCCUGGCAUAUUUGAUCUCGUUUGGAGCCCAUUUACUUUUCUUCUUGGUUACAUCGACCCAAAUCCUUCAAAACCAAAGUAUCCACUAUUACAUGAGUGGCACUUCCGCUCAGGGCUUGAUCGCUACAUAUGGAUCAUUGGAAUGAUAUAUGCUUACUAUCACCCCACUGUAAGUUUUUGUAGUCAGACUGCUGUUUUCAGAUUCAUUUUGGGUCCUUGCUUGGAAAUAUUUUCUCCAUAUUUAUUUUUCCAGUCUCAUAUAAUUUUGUUAGUACAGGUUGAAAGGUGGAUGGAGAAACUGGAGGAAACAGAGGCCAAGCAAAGAAUAUCAAUUAAAACAGCUGUUGUGAUGGUUUCUUUAGUGGUGGGAUAUCUAUGGUUCGAUUAUAUAUACAAGCUGGACAGAGUUACCUACAAUAAGUACCAUCCUUAUACUUCGUGGAUUCCCAUAACUGUCUACAUAUGUUUGCGAAAUUUCACACAGCAGCUCCGUAGUUUUUCUCUGACUCUCUUUGCAUGGCUUGGAAAGAUUACCCUGGAGACGUACAUCUCACAGAUCCAUAUUUGGUUAAGAUCACGCGUGCCAGAUGGACAGCCUCACUGGUUACUGUCUCUUAUCCCAAACUAUCCAUUGCUGAACUUCAUGCUUUCUACGUCCAUAUACAUUGCAGUUUCGUAUAGACUCUUUGAACUGACAAACACAUUGAAGACAGCAUUUGUGCCAAGUAGAGACGACAAGCGCUUGAUGUACAACAUGAUCACAGCAGCAGUUCUCGCAAGUGCCUUGUACUCAUUGUCCUUUGUUUUGCUACUAGCACCUUCGAUGCUGGUAUAAAUUUGAGCAUAGAGAGUCUCAAUUUUCAGUUCCUCCACGUUAAAGAGCGUGUUUGCUCUCAUAAUAUAGAAUUCACCAGACAUGGAUAGCAGAGCCUGACUUGCAAGAAUGGAUGCACUCGCAUCGAUGAUCACUGGCAUUUGAGGGGAAGGGUUAAGAUGCUAAAAGGUUUGUUAAAAUGUGCAUCAUAUCAAUUGUACAGGCUCAGAUAAGGUAUUAGUUGAGCUUCCCUCUUCAAUUCCCCCCCCCCCCAUAAAGUGAUUCUGAAGCAGAGUUCUACAUUUAUGAUGGACCAGGACAGUGUGACAGCAGCGGAACGAAGUCCCUCAUUACCCUAAGUAAUAUCAAUUUGAAAAUUUUUUAUAGGUGAAUAAUUGAAAUGUUAAUUUUUUUUUUUGGGUUAAGAAUUGAAAUGUCAAUUACAACAUUAAAUUAAUGUGAAAAUGUUAAACAAGAGUUUAGCAUCA